UUGCGUGAAGAUUCCUCCACGAAAGGAUCACGCCAAAUUUAGCUCAUGUUAAAUCAGGCCCUGAAAACAGAGGGACAAGUAUAUAUACAUACAAAAUCUAGCGGCGGUACUGUGAAGUGUAGUGGCUGAAAAGUUAGAGGAAGGGCGUACAGCUGUAUUUUUCCGCUUACUUCCCAACGUUCGAAACGAAAUUUCCGCGAUAGUUUAAUUUACUUACCCAAAGACGCAGGCUCGAAUCCCCACACAAGCAAUAGCAAGAAAUGGGCUUCGAGGAGGGGUCUGAAGAUGACGAGAGAACAAAAUGAGAUGAUGGAGGUGAAACACAGUCGACAGCGUAAGGGAAAUCCAGAAGAGGAGGAAAAGUAUUGGAAGAGCAGAGGUGAGAGAAGUGAGAGGGUGUUAUUGGGGGAGAAGUUUGCGAUGGGUGUGAAGAGCGAUGGCGGAUUGGCCGUGCUUGUAGCGGCGAAGAAGUCGUUGCAGAGUAGUUUGGAGAAGUCGAGGGAUUUGGCGGCAGCGCUGGAGAAAACGGGGCCCAGAUUGGAAAGUAUGAGCAGGCGAUUGCCUGAGUUGGAAUCAGCGGUCGGUCCCAUGAGGAACCACAAGAAGGUAUUGCUGGGCAUUGACGGCCACAUCGACAGAGCAGUCGGUCCUGCAGCGGCUGUGCUGAAGGUUUUUGAUGCAGUUCAUGGGUUGGAGAAGUCGUUGCUGUCGGAUCCGCGGUUGGACUUAUGGGGGUACUUGAAUAUGGUGAAACAGCUAGAGGAGGCGCUCAAGUUUUUGGCGGAGAAUUGCAGCGUUGCGACGCAGUGGUUGGAGGAUGUGGUGGAUUAUAUGGAUAAGAACUGCGUUGGGGAGGUGAAUUAUUUGCCGCAUUUGAAGCGGAGCUUGGAGAAUUUGAGGGCUUUGCAGGGGGAUGAGCAGGAGAGGGCUAAGCUGGAUGGGGGGCUUAUGGCGGUGGCGUUGGAUAGGCUGGAGGGCGAAUUUAAGCGGCUGCUUGUGGAGCAUACGGUUUUAUUAAAGGCUGGGGAUAUAUCGCCUUCUGAUAGGCCUUGCAUUGAAGCUUCGCCUUUGCCUGGGGCGGUGGUCGAGAAGUUGCAAAGGGUUCUUGAGAGAUUGACCGUGAAUAAUCGGCUAGAGCAGUGUAUUGAUAUUUAUGUUGAUAUAAGGGGCGGCAAUGGCAGGGCUAGUUUGGAGGCAUUGGAUUUGGAUUAUCUGGAUAUUGAGUUCAGUAGCGUGCUGACUGUAGAUGCAUUUGUUGAUAAAUGGUGUAAGGAUUUGGAAUUUGCUGUGAAGCAUUUGUUGGAGGCGGAGUUUAGGAUCUGUGGAGAUAUUUUUGAGAAAAUUGGGUCUGAUGUUUGGGUGGGGUGUUUUGGAAAAAUUGCAUUGCAGGUGGGAAUGCUAGGGUUUCUGAAGUUUGGGCAAGGGGUUGCUGAUAGUAAGCCUGAUCCGAUCAAGUUGUUGAGGUUGUUGGAUAUGUUUGAUGCUCUGAAUAAGCUGCGGCUGGAUUUUAAUAAGUUGUUUGGGGGCAAGGCAUGCUUUGAGAUACAGAGCCAGACCAGGGAUUUGGUCAAGAAGCUGAUCGAGGGGUCUUCUGAAAUUUUCACAGAGUUACUGACGCAGGUGGAGUUGCAGAGGCAGAGACCGGCGCCUGCGAAUGGUAGCGUCCCAAUGUUGAUGAGUUUUCUGGUAGAUUACUGCAAUCAGCUGCUUGAGGAUCGGUAUCGAAGUGUCCUGACCCAGGUGCUGGUGAUAGAGCGAAGCUGGCGGCGAGAGAAAUUUCAGGAGAGGAUCUUGACGGACGGAAUUGUGAAUAUAAUCAGGGCCGUAGAGCUCAAUAUGGAGACAUGGUGUAAGUCCUAUGAUGAUCCUGUGCUUUCACAUUUGUUUAUGAUGAAUAGUCACUGGCAUUUUUGUUUUAGUCUUAAGGGAACUAAGCUUGGGUCUCUGCUUGGAGAUCCCUGGCUAAAGGAACACGAGCAGUACAAGGAAUACUAUGCUGCUAUGUAUUAUAAGGACGGUUGGGGGAAAUUUCCGGCCCUGUUAAGCAGGGAGGGUUUAAUUAUGUUCUCUGGGGGCCGAGCUACUGCCCGUGAUCUGUUAAAGAAGCGGCUUAAGGCAUUCAAUACUGCUUUUGAUGAUCUAUAUAGAAAGCAUGCAAAGUGGGCCAUUCCAGACAAGGAGUUGAGGGAGAAAAUAUGCCACACUGUUGUGCAGGCAUUGGUUCCAAUAUACAGGAGCUAUAUGCAGAGCUAUGGUCCUCUUGUGGAACAAGAUGAAAGCCCCAAGAAGUAUGCUAAGUAUACUCCAGAAGACUUGGAGUGGAUGUUGGGUGGUCUUUUCCAACAAAGAGUUGAAAAACCUGUAAAUGGAAAAGCAAAAUUCAAUAUAAAUAGAACAAUCAGCAUGGAUACAACUAACAAUGUCAUAGCCAGCAAUGGAAAAUCCAAGCUUUUGCGCACCUCUUCUGCGGUUAUCUGAUCAAGCAUGGCAUUCAUUGGAUAUGGAAGGGGUCCCAUGAAGCUUGAGAGCAACAGAUAAAUGAGAAUAAGGAAGGAGUGGGCAUGGCUUAUGUACAAUUAUUGUGAUUAAGUAUAGUAAUUAGAACAAAUCUUGCAACUUAAAUGAAACAGAAUCAGUUUUCCAGGAUCAAUAUCCCUUUGUUGACAAUGCUACCUCUUCAAGCCUUUGAAUCUUCCAUCCUUUUUAGAGUCUUUGGGAAGGGAGUGAAACCUUAUCUAAAGGAUGAAUCUUGAUAGUUCUUUGAGGGUUUUCUUAUGACCUGUUUCUAGCAGUAAGAGAAAGGGGAAAUCCAUGAAUUGGUGGAUCAUUCUUUGCUCACAGCAUUUACUUAUCUUGAAUAUAUAAAACUAGCAUCAUUGAAAAUGUGCCAAACUUACAAUCCACUCUAAUAGCAUGUGCUAUGCAAUUGUAAACAAAGUUGGUCUGAUUCAAAUGCUUCGAGCAUAGGGGCAUUUGACUCCAUAUGUGAUCAGAAAGUAAACAGUGGUGUUUUUGAAUUACAGAAAGCAAUAAGGAGCUCUUAAACUUUCACUACAGCAUUUGUAGCCUACUUGUAAUCAUUCUUUACUGUAUUUAUUCUUUGUAGUUUAUGCCUUGCAAGGCCUUUCGUAAUCA